AUGGCUUUAAUUUUGGCUAAAGCCAAAUUUUUUUCUUCUCUUCAUAAUUAUAUUCCAAUUUUAUUCUUCUUCACUUCUUUAUUUAUUUACCAAACAUUACAACAAGAUGCAGGUCAAGCCUCUAUGCCUAGCGCCGUUCCAACUCAGCACAAAGUUGGCGUUACCGAAUUAAAUAUGCAAAAUUUGGAAUUGGUUUUGAGGAGUGCUCAGAUUGUAUUUGUUGCGUUUUGUGCAGAUUGGUGUCCUUUUAGUAGACGAUUGAAACCGAUAUUUGAGGAAGCCGCGGUUAAAUGGCACGAUGACAAUCCAAAUAGUAGUGUUGUAUGGGCUUUAGUUGACAGUGUUGCACAGGCUGAUGUUGCUGAUAAAUAUUUUGUUAACAAAUAUCCGACAAUGAAGGUUUUCAUUAAUGGCGAACUUAUCAAAAAUGAAUAUAGGAGUACCAGAUCCGUUGAGGCUUUAACCGAAUUUGUUCAAAAACAACUUCAAGUCAGCAUAAACGAAUUCCCCACAUUGGAAUACCUCAAUGGUGCAAUUAAAUCAGAAAAGAGAAAUAUUAUUGCUUACUUCCAUUGUAGAGAUUGUGUUGAAUAUCAAAAUUUUCAGAAAAUUGCUGCUCUUUUACGCGAUGAUUGUGCCUUUUGGGUUGGUAGAGACGCUGCUUUGACGGCCAUAAAGGAAAAUAUGAUGUCUUUUCGUGAUCCUACAACACAAGACGAGCAAAAGUUCAUUGGAAAUUUUGCCGACUAUGAGUUUGUCAAACACUGGUUGACUGACAAAUGUAUACCUCUUGUUAGAGAAGUUACUUUUGAAAAUGUUGAAGAAUUAACUGAAGAAGGAUUGCCUUUUCUUAUACUCUUUCGUGAUCCAAAUGAUCGAGAACAGGACAAGAUGUUUACUGAAACGGUUUGAGAUUUUAUUUAAGUACAAGUCAGGGAUGUCGGUACUCUGCGUUUAUAUACCCCCACGUCCGCAAAUGUUUGUCCGCACUUUUUUCCUUUUCCUUCUCCUUCUUUCUCCUCUCACAAGGAUGAUAAAUGGUUGCUUGCAUCUCGUAUUUAUCACUCCAAACUGAGCUUACUCCACCUAUGGUUUUUGACAUUUUCGAGCUCUAUAUCUCGGUUCCUAGGUACCGGACCAACUUAUACCUGCACUAAUUCGACUAAGCUUUCCAAGCU